AUGCGACUAAGAAACAGACCCCAUGGCCUCGGCCUUGCUAAGAGGCAACCUCAACUGGCCGAUGCUUCUGGGUCAACCUGGUCAGCCGGUGGCGCCUCUGCCUAUGGCACUGGCCAAUGGUCCGCGGACACCUCCGUGGCCGGCUCUGGACAGUGGGCAGGUAGUGGUGCAGCAGCCGGUGAUGCGUCAACGGCCGGGACAGCAGCCGGGACAGCAGCCGAGACAGCAGCAGGCACAGCGGCGGGAACAGGGGCAGGGACGGCGGCAGGGACGGCGGCAGGAACCUCAGCUGGGACUUCAGAUGGCACAGGUGCACAGGAUAGCACUGCAGCGGGAAUGGCCAAUACGGGGGCAGCUCCCGCUAGCGAUGCCGCGACAACAAGCGAAACAGCCGCAGAAAUCGCAACGACCGACCCGACUACUCAAUGGAGUGCUGGAGCUCCCAGCGCCGAGCCCCCAACGGCUGCCGCCGCCGCUCCGGUCGUAGGGGCUACAACUCUCGCAACAGCGGCGAUUCCCACUGCUACCAACACGUCGAAAUCUCUCCCCUCAUCCACCACUAGCGAAGCCACUGCCACCAGCACCGUCCUCUCGGUUAAUUCAACAAAGCAUGUGAGCACGCCUGCCGGCACAAAGGCGGCUAUCGGCCUUAGCGUCAUCAUCGUCGUCGCCGCGAUGGCAGGACUCAUUCUGUGGUCACUACGCCGGAAAAAGCGCCGCCUCCGAGAAAUCAUCGCGAAAAGCCGCGGCGAGAAGGUGCCUGAAAGCCCAAGAACAAGUGACGAGUUCGUCAGGUACGCAUCCAAGGUCUACACCGAAGGGGCCAGCGCAAUGCGUCAAGCGGGCGGCAAGAUCAAGACAACAUAUCAAUCGAAAAUCCCUGUCCUGCGUCGCCACUUCGAGAAUGCAAAGUAUGAGCCGAUCAAGGAGUUCAGUCGCACGGUGUACUCGACGAGUGUGACCACACUGAAAAAGGUUGGCGGGUUCGUACAUUCGACCUGGGCGGCCAAGGCCCACGUUCCCCGUCCUUAUAGCACAUACAGCACGUAUAGUACCAGCAGUCUGCAGCAAGGCUUGCGGGACCUUCCUAGGUCGUGCCACGCAAACGAGCUCGCCCCUGUUGUGGAGGUAACUGAAAGUAUCGAGAGCCCUACUGGCUCUUCGGAAACAUUGGUCGGUGAUGUUGGUCGCUUGAAGGAUGCUGCAGUAUCAAGCACGCCCAAACUGGAGACGGGCAAGUUCCCGGAGGCAAAAGUAGCAACUGUGGAGACUGUCACACCCAUCUCCCCGGAAUCAUCAGGAUCAUCAUCGUCAUCGCCAUCGUCAUCGUCAUCGUCAUCAGCGAGCAGCAGCCCCUCAGUGUCAAGGAGCCCCACUGUCGACAGGGUUUCAAGAAGCCCAACUGUGGAAAGUCGGACCUAUCCCGGCACGCCCGAUAUUUCCUUCGCCAGAGUGUACCGGGUAGAGAUGGACUUCAAGCCUGUCAGCCCCGAGCAUGUCGAGCUGAAAGAGGGUCAAACUGCCGUCCUGCAUCUCGUCUACGACGACGGAUGGGCCCUUGUCAACGUCCUUGAAACUGCCCAGGAGGGUCUCGUUCCCCGAGCCUGUUUCGGCGCAUAUCCCGUGCGACACCAAGCCCAGUACAUGGGCAGCAAUCUUCAGAUCUCGACCGACGGAAUCCCCCGGUCGAUCAGUUCUGCGACCCCCACCGAGUACGGCUCUGAUGGUGACAUCGGCCGGUUCUACUCGCAGUGCGCGAGCCCGGAUCUCCCCACCCCGGCGUCGCUGCACGAAACCCUGCCACGGCCUCAGCGUCUCAAGUCCCUACCGUCGCUGGCAAGCUUGUUCCGCUCUGCGUCAAGUUUCAAGAGCAUGGUAUAGCAAGCACGUCCCAUUGAGACUGAGGCCUGGCGCUGAAGGAUCCGAUCCUUUCCUUUCUUUUUCAAUUCUCGUGAAUAUUUUCCCCCCUAAAUAGUGGACUGUCUUGUGGCAUCGAACCAUUUGUCUGGUGUGUCCGGUUUCACACGUUAAUGCUCUGUAUAUACCUUAUCCUGAUAAUAUUCUUUUAAUGAAUCUGCACACCUGGGUGUGGCGACACAUACCUGUGCAAUCCGGAUGCCUUGCCAUGUGGGGUCGUAGCUGUCUACACUACUUGUCCAAUUUGCAUGUCAUCUCUUUCCCAUAAUGGAGUUCGUGAAUCAUCUCAGAUUCAGGAGGAGAGCCGUCAGAGGAGAGACACCAGACGAACGGCUCAAGUCUUCAAAGUGGUACCAUAUUCAGCUGGAUGAGUA